CCCAGACAUAACGUUGCAGAAAAUGGCUGAGGAAUGUCAGCGCCUGAUCAAUUUGAAGCAUGAUUCCCGUAUGGUGGAACAGCAGCAGAUCAACAUGGCAGAUGUCAGACCGGUCAGAGCACACAAACAGGAGUCCAAAAAGCCACCAACAGCAUGUUGGAACUGUGGCGCAUGGCACUACGCCUCACAGUGCACUUUUCGCCGACAUCGGUGCAAUCAGUGUCAACGCUUUGGUCACAAAGAUGGUUUCUGCAAGCCACGCAACUCAACUAAAGCUGACAAUUCCAACAAACGGUUUCCGAAACCACCGCAGAAG